GCGAUGCUGCAUAACACCUGGGGAAUUCCUGAGGAAAUACUUAUUUCCGCACUUCGAGAGUGUUGUGUUUGCGAUUUGUGUAGCCUACUGACCAUACAUUUUAACAGAGAAGACUGUUCUCUGUGAUUUAUUCCCUCAUCAAAGAUGGCCCAGUGUUGCCAGCUGAAACUACUGGAGUCUAAAUACCAGGAGCAGGUCCACCAGCUCUAUGAUGACUCCUUCCCCAUGGACAUCAGACAGUACCUCAGCAAGUGGAUUGAGAGCAUCGACUGGGAUAAUGUGGCUGUUGACGAAUCCCUGGCCACUGUCCGCUUCCACGAUCUCUUAGCCCAUCUUGAUGACCAACACAGCCGCUUCGCCCUGGAAAACAACUUCCUGCUACAACACAACAUCCGCAAGAUCAAGAGAAACCUCCAGGACUGCUUUCAGGAGGACCCCGUUCACUUGGCCAUGAUCAUCUCCAGAACCCUGAAGGAGGAGCGGAGGAUUCUGGCUGCUGCCAAAAGCAUAGAGACCGACAGAGAGAGCACACAGACCAGCAUGGUUCUGGAGAAGCAAAAGCUGGACAACAAAGUCAAAGACAUGAAAAACAAGGUUCAGGAAGCGGAUCAGAAUAUAAAGUCUCUGGAAUACCUUCAAGACGAGCAUGACUUUAAGGAAUAUACUCCUAAGAACAGAGAACAUGAAAUGAACGGGCUGACACCCAAACAGCUGGAACACGAGAAGCUGCAGAUUGUAGAGAUGUGUUUCAAGCUGAAGUUCAAGAGAGUGGAAGUGGUUGGCCAGUUGGCGGAGGUGCUCAACAUGGCCGAGGAGGUCCAAUCAGACUUGAUCUCAGAGGAGCUGCCUGAGUGGAAGAAGAGGCAGCAGAGCUCCUGUAUUGGAGGACCACCCAACGCAUGUCUGGACCAACUGCAGAACUGGUUCACAGCGGUGGCAGAAAGCCUGCAGCAGGUGAGGCAGCAGCUGAAGGAGCUCCAGGAACUAGAGCAGAAGUACACAUACGACAACGACCCAAUCAAACAGCAGAAAGGCUUCCUGGAGGGGCGGGCCUUGGCACUGUUCCGGAACCUCCUAGAACAUUCCUUGGUGGUAGAGAGACAGCCCUGUAUGCCCACAUAUCCACAGAGACCUCUGGUGCUGCAGACAAAGAUGCUGUUCACUGUCAAGCUCAGAUUUCUUGUGAAGCUCCCGGAAUUCAACUAUCAACUCAAAGUGAAAGCUUUGUUUGACAAGGACGUUACAGAAAAGAAAGGGUUUCGUAAGUUCAACAUAUUGGGCACCAACACAAAAGUUAUGAAUAUGGAGGAGUCAAAUGGAAGCUUGGCUGCAGAGUUUCGCUCCUUGAGACUGCAAGAGCAGAGAGUGACUGGAAGAGGAAAGAAAGAGGUGCCUCUCAUUGUGACAGAGGAGCUGCACUGCAUCUGCUUUGAGUCGGAACUCCGCCAGUCAGGUCUGGAAAUCAAACUAGAGACCAUCUCCCUGCCCAUCGUGGUCAUCUCCAACUGCAACCAGCUGCCCAGUGGCUGGGCCUCCAUCCUGUGGUACAACAUGCUGACCAGCGAGCCCCAGGACCUGGAGUUCUUCCUGAACCCUCCGGCAGUGUCCUGGGGUCAGCUAUCUGAGGUGCUGAGCUGGCAGUUCUCCUCUGUCACCAAGAGGGGGCUCAAUGAUGAGCAGCUAGGCAUGCUGGCUGACAAACUACUGGGCCAGAAAGCACAGAGGAAUCCUGAGGGCCUUAUCUCCUGGACCAUGUUCGGUGCUGUCAAGAGCCUCAGUGAGAAGAGGUUUCCCUUCUGUCUGUGGAUCGAAGACAUCCUGGACCUCAUCAAGAGACAUCUGCUGUCCCUGUGGAAUGAUGGUUGCAUCCUGGGCUUUGUGAGUAAGGAGAGGGCAAAGGCCAUGCUGACUGGGAAGUGUCCAGGCACGUUCCUUCUGCGCUUCAGUGAGAGUAGCAGAGACGGAGCCAUCACAUUCACUUGGGUGGAACACGACCUAUACGAUAAGCCUGUAUUCCAUGCAGUGGAGCCCUACACCAAGAAGGAGCUGUCUGGCGUCGCUCUGCCUGACAUCAUCCGAACCUACAAGGUGAUGGUAGCUGAGAACAUCCCAGAGAACCCACUCAGUUUCCUCUACCCAGACAUCCCCAAAGACAAGUCCUUCGGGAAGUACUACACCAGGGCCUCUGAGGCAUCAGAGCCCAUGGAUGUGGAGAGUCCCACCGGCACAGGAUACUUAGUGACCGAUAUCAUAUCAGUGUCAGCUGACCCAUCUAGACAGCAAGACAAGAUGAUGUUCAUGUUGCCAGAAGAGCCCAGUGGACCAGUGCUCCAUUGUCGGAGUGGAAGUCCUAAGAAUAUUGAUACUGCUGUGAUGGCCCAGUGGUGCCAGCUGAAACUACUGGAGUCUAAAUACCAGGAGCAGGUCCACCAGCUCUAUGAUGACUCCUUCCCCAUGGACAUCAGACAGUACCUCAGCAAGUGGAUUGAGAGCAUUGACUGGGAUAAUGUGGCUGUUGACGAAUCCCUGGCCACUGUCCGCUUCCACGAUCUCCUAGCCCAUCUUGAUGACCAACACAGCCGCUUCGCCCUGGAAAACAACUUCCUGCUACAACACAACAUCCGCAAGAUCAAGAGAAACCUCCAGGACUGCUUUCAGGAGGACCCCGUUCACUUGGCCAUGAUCAUCUCCAGAAACCUGAAGGAGGAGCGGAGGAUUCUGGCUGCUGCCAAAAGCAUAGAGACCGACAGAGAGAACACACAGACCAGCAUGGUUCUGGAGAAGCAAAAGCUGGACAACAAAGUCAAAGACAUGAAAAACAAGGUUCAGGAAGCGGAUCAGAAUAUAAAGUCUCUGGAAUACCUUCAAGACGAGCAUGACUUUAAGAAAAAAACUCUUAAGAACAGAGAACAUGAAAUGAACGGGCUGACACCCAAACAGCUGGAACACGAGAAGCUGCAGAUUGUAGAGAUGUGUUUCAAGCUGAAGUUCAAGAGAGUGGAAGUGGUUGGCCAGUUGGCGGAGGUGCUCAACGUGGCCGAGGAGGUCCAAUCAGACUUGAUCUCAGAGGAGCUGCCUGAGUGGAAGAAGAGGCAGCAGAGGUCCUGUAUUGGAAGACCACCCAACGCAUGUCUGGACCAACUGCAGAACUGGUUCACAGCGGUGGCAGAAAGCCUGCAGCAGGUGAGGCAGCAGCUGAAGGAGCUCCAGGAACUAGAGCAGAAGUACACAUACGACAACGACCCAAUCAAACAGCAGAAAGGCUUCCUGGAGGGGCGGGCCUUGGCACUGUUCCGGAACCUCCUAGAACAUUCCUUGGUGGUAGAGAGACAGCCCUGUAUGCCCACAUAUCCACAGAGACCUCUGGUGCUGCAGACAAAGAUGCUGUUCACUGUCAAGCUCAGAUUUCUUGUGAAGCUCCCGGAAUUCAACUAUCAACUCAAAGUGAAAGCUUUGUUUGACAAGGACGUUACAGAAAAGAAAGGGUUUCGUAAGUUCAACAUAUUGGGCACCAACACAAAAGUUAUGAAUAUGGAGGAGUCAAAUGGAAGCUUGGCUGCAGAGUUUCGCUCCUUGAGACUGCAAGAGCAGAGAGUGACUGGAAGAGGAAAGAAAGAGGGGCCUCUCAUUGUGACAGAGGAGCUGCACUGCAUCUGCUUUGAGUCGGAACUCCGCCAGUCAGGUCUGGAAAUCAAACUAGAGACCAUCUCCCUGCCCAUCGUGGUCAUCUCCAACUGCAACCAGCUGCCCAGUGGCUGGGCCUCCAUCCUGUGGUACAACAUGCUGACCAGCGAGCCCCAGGACCUGGAGUUCUUCCUGAACCCUCCGGCAGUGUCCUGGGGUCAGCUAUCUGAGGUGCUGAGCUGGCAGUUUUCCUCUGUCACCAAGAGGGGGCUCAAUGAUGAGCAGCUAGGCAUGCUGGCUGACAAACUACUGGGCCAGAAAGCACAGAGGAAUCCUGAGGGCCUUAUCUCCUGGACCAUGUUCGGUGCUGUCAAGAGCCUCAGUGAGAAGAGGUUUCCCUUCUGUCUGUGGAUCGAAGACAUCCUGGACCUCAUCAAGAGACAUCUGCUGUCCCUGUGGAAUGAUGGUUGCAUCCUGGGCUUUGUGAGUAAGGAGAGGGCAAAGGCCAUGCUGACUGGGAAGUGUCCAGGCACGUUCCUGCUGCGCUUCAGUGAGAGUAGCAGAGACGGAGCCAUCACAUUCACUUGGGUGGAACACGACCUAUACGAUAAGCCUGUAUUCCAUGCUGUGGAGCCUUAUACCAAGAAGAAGCUGUCUGUCAUCUCUCUACCUGAAAUCAUCCGCAACUACAAAGUGAUGGCAGCUGGGAACAUCCCAGAGAACCCACUCUGCUUCCUCUACCCAGACAUCCCUAAAGUCAAGGCCUUCGGAAAGUUCUAUACCAGGGCCUCAGAGGCAUCCGAGCCCAUGGAUGUGGAGAGUCCCACCAAGACAGGAUACAUGAAGAAAUAUUUCAUAUCAGUGUCAGAAGUUCAUCCAUCUAGACUGCAAGACAAGAUGAUGCUCAUGUCGCGAGAAGUGUUUGAAGAGCUGAAAAGGUUGCUAGUGCUCCAUUAUUGGAGGCGAAGUCCUAAGAAUAUUGAUACUGCUGUGUGCAUAUGGACACGGCCCAGAGGUCCGGGCUGAACCUGGCCAGCUGGGGAAUGUAGUCAGCCACCUACGCAACAAAACAAAAACAGAAGGCAACAUAUCAACACUUCCCAUUCCCCAUGGGCAUUUAAUCAGGAAAUGAUCAUCACCACCAUGUCGUCUCACUGACCCUGGGGCCUCUCCCUCACCCACCUGUCCCCCUCCCAGGUUUUUGGCAUUCUCAUAGAGCGCGUCGAUUUCUGAGGCGAAGGACACAAAGUCGGGGAUAACAAACUUCUUCCUGAAGGCCUGGGUGAGCAGCACGAUGUUGCUCUGGACACACCUGGGAGAGAAAAGGUGACAGUGGUCUUUAUCUUAGGUACCAGAGUCACCUUAUGACUAGUGUAACACAUGGAGUCCUGUGUGCUUCAGUUGGUAGAGCAUGGCACUUGCAAUGCCAGGGUCAAGGGUUCAAUACCCGCUAGGGCCACCCAUAAGAAACUCUAUGCAUGCAAGUCGCUUUGGAUCAAAGCGUCUGCUAAAUGGAAUAUAUAUUACUACAUUGUUAUUGUACACAUGAUACAGGGAAUAGAUAACUGUGAGGAAUUAGCUCAUAGAUUUGUAUAAGAUGUUAUAUGACAUCAGAUAUCUAUUUACCCUGUCCUCUCCCUGCUACUGUAUGACAUUAGAUAUCUAUUUACCCUGUCCUCUCCCUGCUACUGUAUGACAUUAGAUAUCUAUUUACCCUGUCCUCUCCCUGCUACUGUAUGACAUUAUAUCUAUUUACCCUGUCCUCUCCCUGCUACUGUAUGACAUUAGAUAUCUAUUUACCCUGUCCUCUCCCUGCUACUGUAUGACAUUAGAUAUCUAUUUACCCUGUCCUCUCCCUGCUACUGUAUGACAUUAGAUAUCUAUUUACCCUGUCCUCUCCCUGCUACUGUAUGACAUUAGAUAUCUAUUUACCCUGUCCUCUCCCUGCUACUGUAUGACAUUAGAUAUCUAUUUACCCUGUCCUCUCCCUGCUACUGUAUGACAUUAGAUAUCUAUUUACCCUGUCCUCUCCCUGCUACUGUAUGACAUUAGAUAUAUAUUUACCCUGUCCUCUCCCUGCUACUGUAUGACAUUAGAUAUCUAUUUACCCUGUCCUCUCCCUGCUACUGUAUGACAUUAGAUAUCUAUUUACCCUGUCCUCUCCCUGCUACUGUAUGACAUUAGAUAUCUAUUUACCCUGUCCUCUCCCUGCUACUGUAUGACAUUAGAUAUCUAUUUACCCUGUCCUCUCCCUGCUACUGUAUGACAUUAGAUAUCUAUUUACCCUGUCCUCUCCCUGCUACUGUAUGACAUUAAAUAUCUAUUUACCCUGUCCUCUCCCUGCUACUGUAUGAAAUCAGAUAUCUAUUUACCCUGUCCUCUCCCUGCUACUGUAUGAAAUCAGAUAUCUAUUUACCCUGUCCUCUCCCUGCUACUGUAUGACAUUAUAUCUAUUUACCCUGUCCUCUCCCUGCUACUGUAUGAAAUCAGAUAUCUAUUUACCCUGUCCUCUCCCUGCUACUGUAUGACAUUAGAUAUCUAUUUACCCUGUCCUCUACCUGCUACUGUAUGCACCCACUGGUGUGUUUACUGUAUAGGCUUCUCUUGCCUAUAAAUAGUUGCCUCCCAGAUGGCUUCCAGUCAAAGCUAGUGCAGCUCCUCCUAGCAUGUUUGUGUAGCUUCUAGUGUGUUGUCUUAUGAUCUGUAUCCUGCAGGGUGGCUUGCCUACAGAGUGCUUUCUCAAGCGGUCACUGGGCUAUGUGUGCUAUGUCACAUGAUAUGUCCUAGGGUUGUAAACAGGAACACUCUUUUUGAAGCAAAUAUCAGCUGAUCUGGAAAGGACAGUUCUUGUGAUCAUAGAGAUGAGUCUCUUGACAAAAAUCGCCAUUGGCUAUUUUUUGUAAAAAAAGGAUAUGUUCAAAUGAAUGGGAUUGAUAUGACCUUGACAAUCUGAAAGGACUUGACUAUAACGUGCUUCCUUAUAAAAGCCUGAAAUAUUA